UAGACCAUUCUCGGUUACGCUUACACCUGAAUUUGUGCGUAAGAGGAUAGCCCUCUCCCAGGCCCUUUUUUCCGCGUUUUUUUUAAUUAUUUAUUUCCGUGUAAACUGCAGUCUUGAUAUAAAAACAUUGAUGGUCGAUAAUUUAGCCCUGCGUUGAGGGCCCCGGGGAGAACUGCAAAGGAUUAUAAAGUCAUCUCAGACCUCCAUUUUUAUCCAGCGACAUGGCUCGACCACGACCGCGGGAAUACAAGGCAGGAGAUUUGGUUUUCGCUAAAAUGAAGGGAUACCCGCACUGGCCGGCGAGGAUUGAUGAGCUUCCAGAAGGAGCUGUCAAACCGCCCGCCAACAAGAACCCCAUCUUCUUCUUUGGGACCCAUGAAACUGCAUUCUUGGGCCCGAAGGAUCUUCUGCCCUACAAGGAGUAUAAAGACAAAUUUGCCAAGUCUAACAAGAGGAAAGGCUUCAACGAGGGCCUGUGGGAGAUCGAGAACAACCCCGGAGUCAAAUUCACAGGCUAUCAGGCCAUCCAGCAGCAGAGUUCAUCAGAAACAGAAGAGGGGGGAAACACUGCUGAUGGCAGCAGUGAAGGCGAGGAGGGCGACUCUGUUGUGGAGGAAGAUGACAAGGAAAAGCUGAAGGGAGACAAGACCGGAUCCAAAAGGAAAAAGACAGCCACCUCCAAGAAAUCCCCCAAGCUGUCGAGGAUCUCAUCUGGAGAGGAUGACCUGGAGAAGGAUGGGAAAGAUGAAGACCAGAAGGGCGGCUUAGAGGGAGCAGAACCCAACAACGAAAUCAUCCAAAAUACCACCGACAGUAAGAAGCAGCUGCUCAUAGAAGAACAUUAAGUGAAGACAUGUUUGAAAGGAAAUCAUUCUUUGUAGCUGUGAUGUUGAGAAUGUGAAUCUACAACAUGACUUCUCAUCAGCACCAUCUACUGGCCGCCACCAUCACCUCAACUUCUCUGUAGGACUUCCAGUGUGUGAUUGUAUGAAACAAACUGGCGCUGGUAUCAUAUGGAGGCCGGGGAAUAACUGGGCUUUAUGUCACACGUAUUUUUCUGCGCUUAAUGCCAAGGGCCUUGUCAGAAAUCAGAGCAAAGGCUUUGUCACCUUUAACUCUCUAAAAUAGACCGAUCAAGAUUUUGAAUCACUUUUAUCCAGUGACUCUGAAUGCUUGUAAGUUUAUAUUGUUAAAUACAUGUGAAGAAUAGGAUACUUAAAGGGGCAUUAGGUACUUGAAUUUACUUUCCAUGUUCUAUUGGCAGCAAUGAGUCAUUGUGAUAAUAGUAGUUGGGUUUAUAUGGAGCCUUUUCUCUACUAGGCUCAGACUACAAUAGCCCAAGCAGAAUAUAAAUGAUAUUGUAAGGUAUGCCCCUUACAGAACCUGUUAAGUGACAUGUAUUUGUUAAGCAAUUGUUGGGUGGUGUGGUUUGCUCCCUUUCUCUUCCUUAUAUAAUCUUUAAUAACUCAAUCUGUCGCUUCACUGGAAAACAUAGCAGUGAACUGUCCACCUUUUUCAAAGAUUUGCCCGUUUUUGGUUGUGCAUUAUCCUGGAGCACAUAAUUACACUCUACCAGAACACAACAAAUAUCAUUCGUUGGAUCAUUUCAUACAAAAUGGAAAACAAUAUGUGUUGCCAAGUAACAAUGCAAAAUCACAAUUUCAAAAUGUGUUUUGGCUUGAGGCUGUUCGGUAGCAGAAAUGUAUUUUCUGUUGGUAAGCAGUUGAAUAUAAAACUGGGUAUUUAUUGAGCUGACAGAGUCUUCCAAGAUUUACAUUUUAGUAGUUUGUGAAAUCUGUCAAAAUAAAAAUACAGUAUCAGUGCAUCUCUACUCUAGGUGACAGGAUGUGAUACAAGGAUGUCACUUUAAGGCUUUAACAGUGGCUAGUGUUCUUCUCAGUGCUUUGAGAUCACAUAGUGUAGAUAGCCAUCAUCCAGUAUUUAUGCUGGCCCGUGCAUACAUAUGUGUAUCGCAUCUCUCAUUAUCAUCUGACUGUAGAAAUGCAUUUGAUAAGUUCUCCAUAUAUAUACUCUUACAUCUAUGAUAUAUGUCGGGUAUUGCAGUGUACUGAUCACUCUAGUUGUAGCUUGAAAUAGCUUUUUUUGCAAGCGUAAUUAUGGGAGGGACUUAUGGAAUAUUCAGUAACUGUCAAACAUCCAUCACCAUAUAUGUUACUCUUUUAUGUAACCAGAAAAAGACGAAUGGAAAUACAUAGAUACAUGUAUGAAGUGUUGUGCACAACUGGGUUACACAUUGUAACUCAAAUGAACUAUAUCUGUAUAUUUGACUUGUUGUAGAAUAUAGGACCACUAUUCUACUUGGACUGCUCUCUGUAACUGCUCAUCUUUUUAUGGAAACGUGUUACAUCUGUUCUUGUGUGUAUCUGUGAAAUAGAUCACUGUAUAUUUCAAAGCUUUUAUAGUGGCUUGCUCUACUGUACUCCAGAUCAUUCUUAUACGAAAGUGUUCAUUUGUACUUAGUUUAAAAUCAGAUAUUUGUUGCUAUGACUUGGAGGGAAAAAAACACACAACCCCCCCCCCCCCCCCCCCCCCCCCCGCCCUCCCUCUUUUUUGCUGUUUCCUUUUCUCAAUGUCUAAACAGACAAGAAACUGAGAGCUGAAACAUUGUGAACAGCAUACUGUGAUAAUGUUGUCCCUGUUAGUUUACUUAGAUUGAUUUAAGAUCACACCAGAAUAUUCUGUCUUUCAACUCUGUGCCCGUUGCCUUUACUUUGCUUCUGCUAUUGUUGUCAUGAGAUAUAGACCCAUAUAUUUUUUUGAUGAUAGCUAAUUAAAACACAUUCUGUAUGUAAACUUGUGCUUUUUUAAAUUUCCUUCAGAUCUUUGUUAUGCUCAAAUUUGGAACAUGUUUUGCAUUUUCAAGGUUUGUAAUUUACUGUAAACUGUUUUUGCUGUUUAUGGACGAGACUUUUACAAAAUAAACUCAUUGGAAUGCA